UUCUGUUCAAAGUUGACAAGAAAGUUAAAAUUAUGCUGAUAUAGUUAAAAUAAAAUAUCUGAUUAUAUAAUUAUAAUUCAGAAAGACUUUUGCAAUAUUUAUAUUUAUCAAUAAAAUGAAGUACAACGACAGAGAGCUGAUUACAUUUGGAGAGAAUAAAGCAGAUUUAGAAGGUGUUUUACAUCACAUGAAACCCCAGGGAAACGACUGGUUAGACUGGUAUCAACGUCCAUAUUUUAAAGAAAGAUACUUUAAAUUAAUGUCUAAUGUAUUGUUUUACUACAAGGUAGGAGAAGACGAACCUAUAGGUAUUUUAAUAUUAGAAAAUGCGCAAGUGUCAUAUGAGAGGCCCCACAAGGGAAUACCUUUUGCGUUUUCAAUAACAUUUAAAGUGAAUGACAGACUUAAAGAUGAGGAUGCUAAACAUAUUUUUUCCUGUAGAUGUGAUAGUGAUGUUAGCAAAUGGGUAUCAGCUUUAAAAAUGGCAUCAUAUGAAUAUUGGAGAUCUCAAUAUGUAAUUUUAAAGACCAAAAUCAGUAUGAGAACGGGGAAGGAUCCAGUGCUAGAAUACAUUAAGAGUAAAGAUUGUGUGGUGAAACAUACUGAAGUAAAAAAAACUAAAGUAAAAGAAAAGUCAAAAGAAAAGCAAUCUACUUUUCAUAGUCAUGUUGAUUUAAAUGGUUUUAGUGAACCCACGACUUUGUCAGUUCAAAAUGGUGCUGGUAAUGGUGUUGAGGUUACAGUGGAUAAUUUAAUAUCUUUUUAGAGAUAUUUAAUUUUUGAAAAUUUAGUGUUAUAACAGUGUUACCAAAAAAAUAAUAUUAAGAUGUACCGUUGUGCCUGGUAUACUAUUUGUAGUCUCUUUGGGGCUUUGAUCUAUCUCUUACACCAUUAAUGAGUUUUUUGUAUUGGAUUUCAUGAUUAUAAUUUCAAUUUUCAAAUUUAGUCCAUGAGACUAACAAAGUCUCCAGUGUCAACAAUGUUGUUUCUAUUUUAGCCUCUUCAGUAUUUAUGUAGAUUAAUAAUAACUUUUUACAAUUAUACAAAUUUAUUUUAUAGAAAAUUCAUAAAUUUCUUACAGAUAUUUCUGUACCCUGGGUUCAAAAUUGGUCAACUCCAUUUUUACUACAAUGGAGAUAAAUAUGUUUAUGUGACAAACACAAUAGACUGGCAUUUUGUGAUACAUUAAUAUUUUCAUACGAAUAUAGGAGUUUAAUUUCUU